AUCACUUCGUUUAAGAACAUAAGAGUCAGGUGUGAAAGUGAAUCUUAUUUUGAAAUGUGUGAGCGGAAGUGCUACUGCAGACGGCGUGUGUGUCACUUACCUAUCCAGGUGUGUCGUACCGGCGAACAUGGGGCUGGUUUACUCGGAGCCCUCCUGUCAGGCAGCAUAUGAAGGAGACGUCCAUCAGCUGUAUCACCUCCUCAGUAAAGACCCGACUCAGCUGAACGUUCAGGAGGAGCACAACGGAGACACGCCCCUCAUCGCAGCCUGUAGACAUGGUAAACUGAGGGUGGUGCAGUACCUGCUGGAGAACAGGGCUGACGUCCAGCUGACCAAUAAGAAACAGAGGACGUGUCUUCACUACGUGUCCAAGAGGACGCUGUCUCUGCUCGAUUACCUCAUGGUUGCCAUCCUGAUGCCCAUCCUGCUGCUUGGGUACUUCCUCAUGCUACAGAAGAGGAGGCAGCAGGAGGCUCUGAUGAAGGAGGUGCUGAGCAGUAACAUCAACAUCCAUGCUGUCGACUAUAAGGGGAACACAGCUCUUCAUUACGUCUGUCAGAGGAAAAGUCAUCGUCUGGUUCCUCUGCUGCUGGAAAGAAAGGCCGACACAAACAUCCAAAAUAACGAUGGAGAAACGCCGCUGGACAUCGCCACACGACUAAAGUUCACCAAGAUUGUCAACAUGCUGAAGAAGGCACACUGACAGACAAACAGGACGGACAGACAGACAGACGUCACUUUAGGAGCUGAGUCUCAUGUUCUUAUGAGUGUAAAAAUGUGUCAGUAAAGACAAAUCUCAACCUGUUUCCACAGUAAAUCAUUAAAGGUGCAAUAUGCGAGAAUCAG